AUGCCUGGCGACGGUCCGAGUAUCAUUGGAUCCGUCACCACGGAGGAACGUCGUAGACGAAGUUGGUUUCUUUGUGAGCCAGACCCGAUUUCUGGGCCAGGAAACGAGGCCAUGUCUUGGCAGGAGAGUGACGACGGACAGUUUGUGGUUUUUGCAUUGUCAUGGACGGAGGAGACAGAGAUGCUUUCUUGGAAAAUGACGCGCCGGAUUCCUGGAAUCCUGGAAUGGUGGCAGUCUAGCGAACCCCGUCCGGCCUUGUCCCGAGACCAGCACAAUGGGCGCCUGAGGUGA